UUCUUCGAUCUUUGUUCGUUGUCUUCUUCGGUUCUUUCCAAAGGCAAAGAAACCAACGACUCCAAUUGGGCAAAGCUUGAUAUAUAGAGCCCAACAAAACUGCAUUCGCAUGCUGUUUGUUUGAUAAUCACGUCUCUUCGAUCUUUGCUUGCAUCGAAGGUGGAAGAAGCUUUAUUUAGUGGCUACAGCUGAUCGAUACUCGAAGAAGUUGCCAAGAUUGGAAAAGAGAAAGACUUACAGUGGAAUGGGGUCUAGGGUUUUUUCGGCUCCAGAACUUCCAAAUCUUAUCGUUGGCUUGCAGGUACCUCUGCAAGAGUUGAAGAUGGAGCUAUUUAGACAAGGUGUAAAGGUGGUUGGAAUAUGUGCUCCUGGUGGAUGUGGCAAGACAACCUUGGCCGCGAUGCUUUGCCAAGACGACCAAGUCGGACGCUUCUUCAAAGAUCACAUCUACUUUUUAAGUAUUUCAAGCUCACCCAGCUCGAAGGUGAUCAUGCAGAGGUUAUUUGAAAUGGUUAACGGGUUUCCGUCCCCCGAGUUCCAAGAUGAAGAUGAUGCAUGUAAGCAGGUGGAAGACCUGUUGAUGCAGAAGAAACAAGAAAACAUGUUGUUGGUCCUAGAUGAUGUUUGGUCCGAACCAGUCCUUCAGAAGCUUCUCUUCAGAAGAUUAGAUGAAUAUAAGAUGUUGGUCACGUCAAGGACUGCACUCCAAUCGUUUGAUUCUGUGUAUCAUCUGAAAACUUUGAGAAACAGAGAUGCCGUGACUCUCUUUUACCAUCACUCCGCGUUCCUGCAGGGCGAAUAUGGCAACAAUGACCAGCCACCUGCCGAACUUCUCGAAAAGGUGCUUUGUUCAUCUGCCAUCUACGCGGAUGCAUCACAUAUGAAUACUGUAAUGUUUGUCUGACUUGGACCAGAUCAGAUGGUUGAACCAUCAGAAUAGAGACCAGGAAACAAAGCCCUUUUUGGUUGUCCAGUCCUUGGAACUGUUUAAUUACUUGGUCAA